CACAAGCGCCCUGAUUACUUCUCUUACUUUCCUCUCUUCUCUGAGUUUUGGGAUGUAGCGGUCGUGUGGUCACUGGCAAAUACCAUGCCACUUUAGAUCAAAUAGAUGUUCACAUGUUUAUUCUAAACAAUUUAAGUCGUGUCAUUGGCAGAGUGAGGUAUCGUAUUUUACAACCAUUGCUAGCGACCUAGCAAUGGCCUCCAAAUCCGAUCAUCUCCUCAUCGUUGUUUCCAUUCUCGAAGGUCGUCACUUUCCAAAGAUCCCUCGCCAGACCUUAACAGUGCAGGCAAAGUUUGAUGGAGAACAGCUGUUCACAGACCCUGUGGACCACCGGGAACAGCCACAGUUCUGCACUGAGUUGGCGUGGGAACUGGACCGCAGGACUCUGCACCAGCACAGACUUCAGCGGACUCCCAUCAAGCUGCAAUGUUUUGCUGUAGACUCCACUACGAGCCAAAGAGAGUGUGUCGGUUAUAUCAUUCUCGACCUACGAUCAAUAACGGAAGUAAAACAGCCCCCAAAGUGGUUCCCCUUGCUCAGCAGCAAGUACACCAAGCUGAAGCCAGAGCUACUGUUGGCCAUGGUGCUGGAGAACGACGAGAAGCAAAACCCUGAGGCACCAAAGCCAAGAGAAGCACCACCAAGACAAGGGAAAAAUUGUUCUCUGGUAGCGAUGGGGAAGCUGCAGCUGGUCCUGAAUGAAGAGGAGGGCUACCAUCAGCUCGGCAACGCUGACAGCUGCACAGACAUGUUUGUCCUAUCCGUCACAGUAGCCUGUGCAUCCAAAUUAGAGCAGCUAAUAGGGCAGACAACUCGGCUGUCCACGGAGGGCACAGACUUCUUCUUCUACUACACCCUGUUUGGAAACGACAUCACAAGCGAGCCUUUCCAGAACGUGGUGACGCCCAGUUUCGAGCCGGAGAGGGCCUCCGUACGCAUCCGCAGUAACGAGAAGGUCCUGCGCACCUACCUCAGUCAACAGCCCAAUCUAGAGAUUCACUUGUGCUGUGGGAGCCACUCUCUGGGCAGUGCUGAGGUGUCUCUCUCCACUCUAGGCCUGACCAGUACCCCUCUGAGUACCCAUCAAGCCACCGUGGAGGGGGCCUUCGUCCUCCACCCCCAAGGCCAGUCCAAGCCUAAUCCCCCCUCUGUACCCACUGAUCUGCAGCCCACCGUGGGGGUUUCGGUCACACUUAGGAAAGAGACAGCGCCGCCCCAGGAAGCUGGGAAUGCACAUCAGAUGGUCCAAGGGGCUGAGGCGACCGACGAGCGUCCUUUGUCACCUGUUCUACCACCAGCCAUGGCAGCUGGGCCCUCUGCUGGGCCCCUUGCUCCAGCUACGCUUGCUCCACGGUCGGGUUCACCCUCACCUUGCCCUCCUCCUGGCGGUGGCAGCCCUGGUCACAGGUUGGGUGGUGUGACCAAUGAAGCGGUCCAUACAGAGAGUGAUGCAGAGAGCCUGCGGGGGGAAGAGGAAGAGGAGGAAGAUGAGGAAGAGCAGCUGCCAAGGACAAACCUGCUGCCUGAGGCGUGCCCCUCCACUUCAGUUGCUCCUCCCGCACAGAGUAAUGCAGAUGGAGACCCCCAGGGCUCCGUGUCUGUGUCUGCUCCAAAGGUGGCCAUUCCCCCCUCAGCGCACCACUACUGCUUCUCCAUGGACCUGCGCAGUGUUCGCGACCUCAACACAGGCUUCCCAGUCAACUGCACCCUGAGAUAUGCGUACCAGUUUUUUGGCAGUGCCGCCCCCAUCAUGACCAGUCCCCCGGUGGAGGUGAAGAGGGGGACGGAGGUGUUCCUGCCCCAGUCCUACUGUGCCUUUGACUUUGCAGCACUGCCACAGCAACUCCAGGACACUUUCCUCAGGGUGCCCCUGGUGGUGGAGAUGUGGCACAGGGACGUGAGCUCCAGGGACGUGCUGCUGGGCACCGCCAGCAUCCAGCUGUCCCACCUGCUCACCGCCGAGAGGAGGCGCUUCAUGGGGCCCGCUGGACAGCAGCACUGGAGGCAGAGCCACACACAGAGACUUGCUGUGCUUAAAACACAUGGAUCCAGUGAGAAGGUGGCCGAGCUGAGUUACGUCACCACCUUGGAGGACCUCGGUCUUGUCAGAGACAAAGACAUCCUCGUCUCUGAUUCUUCACUGAGUGGAAAUCCAGUCCAGCCGAUUAGCGGUGGUGCGGUGGCGCCCCCUGCUGCCUCUCAUGGCGGUUUGACUGAGCCACGGGAGACCCCUGAGUACAGAGCUGCGCUGGAGCUGGAGAUGUGGAAGGAGAUGCAGGAGGACCUGUUCGAUGACCAGCUGAAGAGGAGGGAGCUGAGCCACAUGCAGGCGCUGGCUGAGGAGUGGAGGAAGAGGGAUCGGGAGAGAGAAGCGCUGGUCAAGAAAAAGGAGCAAGAGUACAACCUUUUAGAGGAGCAGUUACAGAAGACGCUGGCUGAGCUGGAGAAGAGAGAAAAGAACUUGGCCCAUGCUGAGCUAGAGACACAGCGGCUGCAGCGUGAGCUUCGUGCGGAGCACGAGUUCUCGGUGCGCGAGGUGCAGAACAGCGGGCGACGACUGCGCGAAGACUGCGAACACCAGGUGGAGCUAGAGAGGGCCAAGAUCCGACAGCUGGAGGAGGAGAACGCACGGCUACAGCAGCAGCUACUGGACGCAGACAGCAAACACAAACUCCUGCAGAAGGACUUCCAGCUGUUUCGGGAGCAGCAGAACACUCGACCUGAAGUUCGCCUCCAGUCCGAGGUCAACCUGCUGCGCUUGGAGAAGGUGGAGUUGGAGCGAAAGCUUGAAACCACCACCAAGUCCAAACUGCACUACAAGCAGCAGUGGGGUAGGGCGCUGAAGGAACUGGCGAGGUUUAAGCAGAGGGAGCAGGAGAACGCCAUGUCUCGUCUGAAGAAGCAGCAGCAGGAGCUGGAACAGAUGCGUCUGCGCUACCUGGCAGCGGAGGAGAAGGAGGCCGUCAAGACGGACAAGAACGAGCUGGAGGACAUCAGGAAUGAACUCAACAAACUGAAACAGCAGGAGGCCAAGCAGCCAUGGCGAGGUGGCGAGGCCCCCGUGAGCGUGUUGUUGGUGGGAGCAGGUGGCGAGAGCGUUGACGACCACCUGAGCCGGCUGCUGGAGGAGCGCGACACGCUGCUGCGCACGGGCGUCUACACACACGAGGACCGCAUCAUCAGUGAACUCAGCCGGCAGAUCCAGGACGCCAUGAGCCAGAGACCGCCGUCUCACACGUCCGCCGCACACUGAGGGGAACUGUCCAGUGGGUCAUUUUUCAGUUGGCCAAACGUUUUCCAAACGUUAUCCUGCGAGUUCACAAAGUUGAUCUCUUUUCAUGAAUAUGUGUAAGUUAAUAAACUAAUAUUUAUUGGUCUAACCAGUGUUUUUUCAAUGACUGGUAAUUCAAAUGAUGGAUUUACAUUUAGAUGAUCCACCUCUUCAUGUAUGAAAGGUACACAUUUCCAAGCCAUAAUGAAUACUUGAUAGUAGUAUAUAUUCAUGAAAAAAGAUGACAUUUGUGAAUGGGCAUCAUAAAUUGUGGAAAUAAAUUGCUAACAAAAAAGAUACACGCUGGACCUUUCAGUAGAGUGGUCUACUACACGCACGCACUGUUCAGUUUAAGACCAGAGAAAGCGUGACCCAUGACUGUUCCACACCACAGAUGCGCCUCCUUUUUUUACCGGCAAGGCUUACAUGUCUUGCACACUGACCUGAGCACCCCACCUACCUGUACUGCAGUAGCUGCCUUUCCCUCAGAGACUAUGAUCGUGGUUAGUGAGAAGGUGCUACUGGGUCAAAGACGUUCAA